UAACACGUUUACGACUUGUUUUUAUGCAUAAUAUUUUUGAAUUUGAUUUUGUCUUCUGUGACAUAAUCCCUUAGAGAGGUGAUAAGACUUUUGACAUUGCAUUCCUUCAGUUUUCUAAAACAUAUGGGAACGUAAAGAAGGCGAGAGAGAAACGUAUUAUACUCAGGAAAAUACUACAGGAAGUGCCUGUUUGCUGACAUCCUGCUGGCAACUAUUAUGAGCAACAAUCCCAACAGUAAUCAGAAGUCACAAGCCUUGGCGCCUGGCAGUAUUCUAACCGUCAACACAACUCGCACUCGGGGAACCAAGUUUUUGCUGAACCAGAUGCUCCUUGAAAAGCAACAGAAGGAGCAGCACAAUAGCCAGGCCACACCCCCAGGCUCAAGGAUAUCAACCCCAGUGUAUGCUUGUAGUCCAGUAACACGGUUCAUUAAAAUUGUGCCACCUGUAAAUCCCCCAGAGAAUUGUAACAUUGCCUUACCCAAGAAGAAAAAGAGGAAGAAAGCCAUCACGCUCACCCAGCACCUUGUGGAGAUUGAUCCCGUGCAGAACAGGGAAGACCCGGAGACGGAUCCCCUGCCGAGCAAAGAACCACUGGCGGAGGAGGUCGUAGAGAAGGAGAAUUCUGAAGAACUCAACAAUUCCAUUCUGUUACCAUUUGGCCGGAAAAAAAAAAGGAAGAGGAAACGCAAGAAGAAAGACUGUGCCCUGGAGUCACCCACAGGGGAUGAAGCCUAUGAAGUCAACAUGGAUGAAUCUAGAGAUAUUAUAGCAGUAGACUUGGAGGGAGAAGAAGGGGAGGAUGCUCCUGAGAAGCACACGGAGAACAUAAGAGUGCCCCUAUACUAUGAAUCCAAAGACACAAAAGGGAAAAACAAAAGUACAAAAAAUAUUCUCCAAAGUCAGGUCCAUCAUAACAUACCUACUAAUAAAUCACAUUCCUCUUAUAGUCCUAAGAAUAUUACACCUAGUCUCCCACAGGCUUCCACAACUAAGGCUGUGCCUCUCACUCAGGUGGACUCUAGUUUGAGUUCCCAAAAUUCCUCCGAAAUACAGUCCACUUCAUCUCCAAGCAGCAUAGUCUUGUCUUCGGACACCCCACCCCCUGAGGUCACAAAAGGAAGCAGUGGCACCUCAGAGCUAUCCACUGGCACUCAAACACAAGCCAUUUUCCAGAACAAAGAAUAUCAAGGGCAUGGCUCAGCGCAGAAGAGAGGCACUGAUGUUCCCUCCCUUCCAAGUCCAGAGGUCUUGGUGUAUUGCUCUGGUAGUGAGUCAGAUAACCCUGAACACGGAUCAUCAGCAAAAACCUCUAAACAUAUUCCAGAAAGAAAAAGAACUGCCACAAGAAAGGAGAGCAAGAAAUCACCAAAAAGAAGAAAAGAAGCUACAAAUGAUGAAGUGCAAAAUGUGAUAACUGUAAAUAUAGAUGAGUCCUCACCUGAGGAACAGCAUCAAAAAGAUUUAGCAUCACUAAAUACUAAGUCAGUAGCACCUGUAGACAAAAAUACACUUACAAGAAAAAUAACCACCAGUCAGGCUAGAACAGUAGUGGACACCAACACACCCAAGAUGAAACCAGAGUCCAGUGUGUGGAUACAGAAGGCAACCAGAUCAGAUUUAAUGACUCCAUCACAUAUGUCUCAGCCUUUUCCAGAGAUUUCUCCAUGCAGUGAAGCAGAAUGCUCUCCACUUCUGCCUGCAUCUCAGAGCAGUGCCUUCCAGACACCAAGAAAUAGAGGAAAAUUAACCAAACUCAGCCUAAGUCAGAGGAAGAAGAUUCCCGAUAUUUUGUCACAGGAUAGUGGAAGCCCAGCUCUAGCAAAGGUCAAAAGAAAACUUGAUUGCCCUACACCGCAUAAUAUCUCUGAAGGUUUUAUGCCCUCUUGCUCCCCUGAAUCAGAAAACAGUGAGGUUGGCCAGUCUGUCGGAAGUAAAAAGUUACGUGUCAGAUUCUGGGAAAAAGAUGAUGACGACAACGAAGACGUGUGCGUGCUGAAGUUACAACAUGCUGAGCCUCCUGCAGUAGAUGAUGUGUCCUCCAUGUCUCUCUUAGGAACAGUCCCAGAAACCAGCCAUGAAAAGAGCCCUGUUGCGACAACCACAGUUCCCAAGACUUUCCAGCCUAGACAUACAUCUACACAGAUAGAAAGACAAAAGAAGAAAAUUGCCCAAGAAGCUCAUAAAGGGAAAGAGACAGUCAAAGUGAAAGAAACGCAUCCUCGCAACAUCAUUCCUGAAACGUCCGAGUCAUCAGAACAAGCAAGCUCCUCCUCGUCACUCGCAGAAAUGCCUAAGAUAACUCCUGAUGCAAGAAAGAGCAAGAAGGAGGAAACCAGGAACAUCAGGCUCAGGUCUGACUCCAUAAAAGAAAGAGUUUGUGCCAAGGAGAAAGCAGAAAAGAAAGGCUCUGAGAGUGCAUGUCUCGAGGGAGAUUCCCAGAGCAAGAACUCAUCGGAGUCCUCUGAGCUCUCCAGAACCUCCGAGAAUCCAUCAACAGACUCUUCGGCCAGCACAGAGAUGCUCCGUCCUGUUGGCAAGACAUGCUUGCAGAGCAUUGUUUAUGUUCUGCAGACCCACUUCGGAGGUACGCUGACGGAGAGCUUUAACGUGUUACACCGCAAUAGCUUCAACCUGCUCACGUCAAUCAUGGAGCUUCAGACCUUGCAUCCCGAGGUGGAAGAUGCCCUCUAUGGGGACGAGGAAGAGGAAGAGGAAGAUUUGAACUGAGGAUGUGGAAUGGGGUAUUGGGUUAUACUGUUAUAAAAGGUGCAAUUAAAAAGGCACUCCUAAUUCCUGGGCAUUUUUUAUUUAGACACAUUUGAGACCUUACUGGGGUUUGGGAUAUUUUUGUCUCUAUAAUGGUCUGUAUUGCUUUGAAAUAUAAAGUUUUGCUUUCUUAAAUUUGUGAAAUAUAAUUGUUAGUGAAUAAUUCAAUAUUAAAGAUGAAACGAAAUAUAUCAAAUCAGCAGGAAGAGAUGAUCAGCAUCAUGUAUAUGUACUUUACAUUGAAUUAUUUAUUGAUAUUAUAUUGUGUAAUGAUUUAGAGUGGUACAUACAGUGAAAGGAAAUUAAUGAGAUGUUAAGAUAUUUGUCAAUUUAUUGCUGUGUGAUAUUAGUGAUUUCAAAAGUAAAAAAACAAGCGUUGAAAAUGUUUUAUAGAGCAAGCAUUUCAUAAUUAAGUUUUGUAUCAUUAUGGAUAUUUUUACCAAUACACUCGCUCCUAACUGGAGAUACCUUUUACAUUCCUUCCCUGUAAACAUGACUUUCUCUUGUUUAACUGAUAUUGAUUUAAUUUCAUUUCUUUUUGCCUUCAAUUUAUAUAUAUAUUGUAUUUACAUGCUGGCAUGUAAGAAAGUGUAUUUAUUAUUAUUUUUUUUAUUCUGAAUGAGACAAACUUCAUUCUUCUGCAUUAGCCAGUGAUAUGAAAUACAAAAGCUCAAAAGACACAUUAAAUAUCAUAUAGUCAAUGUAAACGAAGAGUAAUUUAGGUUAUUUUCAACAUCACAAUCAAUAGAUCAUUUUUAUUAUAGCAGUUAGUGAGUCUGAAUGCUUUUCGUGGCUGGUUUCACAAAAGUCAUAUUGGUCUUUGAUUAAGAUAAUUGCCUUAGUGAACACUACAGGUUUUUAACCUAUUGCUUCUGGGGACGUGUGAUAUCUAUUUUUUUGUUCCUUUUGUAAAAUGGAUUUACACAUGAUGGCAUCAGUUAGUUAGUAGGCCUAUGUGCCCUCGCCUGAUUUCCCAUCCUUCUUAAAAUCAAGGUAAAGAGUUAACAGGUGAGAUAGGAAGGACUAGUAACUCUCCAUGGUAACUAAGCACUUCUCUAGCCUUCUCCUGAGUGGCAGUGGGUCAAGAAUGAACUGAACAUAGUGUACUAAAUUAUGGUAACUUUCUUGGAGUGAAGUUUGCAAGGUCUAUGCUUUUGGAUUAAGGUGUAUCCAAGGUGAGGGAAGUAUGAGUGCUAGAUUGUAUUAAAUACUUUGUUUUCUAAAGACUCAAAUUAUGAAUUCUUAUUAUAGCUAUUAUAUAUUUUUGGCCUUGUUUACCUGUAUAUUUGUGUUUGUCUUCCUACCAGUGGAUUUUAUUUUUGUUACUGAUGUAUAGUAAUUUAGUGGGUGUAUGCUGCCCAGAUAACAGACCAUGAACUUUAUUUUAUUCUUAUUAUGCAGUAUUGUAACAUUGCUCUUAUGUUGUUAGUGGGUUUGUCAUUUGUGUGUAUUAAAGAUCAUAUUUUUCUGAUUACAAUUUUUUUUCUAAUCUAAUUUAUUUACUAAUUUAUUAACUUGUAUUUAUUUCCUUAACUCUUCCCAUUACAUGCACUGGAAGGUUCAAUCUUAUAUAUCUUGUUAUAGUUUGGUUGUUAUUUAACACUAUCAUCCAAGUAUGCUUUCUUUUCCCAUCUAAGAUAAUACUUUUCUUUUUUGACUUAAGCCUUGUGGCACUACCAAAUGUCUCGGUUAAUUUCUCUAUGCAAUCACUGCACUAUGCAAUUAUCAGUCAUGUGAAUUAUUGUUUUAUUUUAUUGUUUUAUUGUUUUAUUAUGAUGAUGAAGCAUUCAUCUUCAUUGUCAUAUUUUUUGUGUUUAUGAUUCCAUGUAUACAGUUAUACCAUUAAUGUUAUUGUUAUUGAGUUAUUAAUAUUAAUUUGCUAUUUGUCUUUUUUUUAAGUUUUACAUUGCUGUGAAAAUAUAACUAAAGAUUUUUUUUUUUUUUUUAUUAGUUUGCUUUUAAAAAAUGUCAUGCUGAUUUUUUUCUUUACUUAUCUUUCCUCUGAAUGUGUGUGUGUGUGUGUGUGUUU